ACUAACUGAACCAAGCUGGGAAGCCACCCAUUCGAUGACGUCACGAGGCUCUGACAAGCUGGUGGUGCCGGAAGAAAAGAUGGCGGAUCAUGAGGAGCAGCUAUCCGACGAGGAAAAGGUACGCAUAGCAGCUAACUUCGUCAUCCACGCCCCACCAGGAGAGUUCAACGAAGUUUUCAAUGAUGUGCGAUUGCUGCUCAACAAUGACAAUCUUCUCAGGGAAGGUGCAGCUCAUGCAUUUGCACAGUACAACUUGGACCAGUUUACCCCAGUGAAAAUCGAGGGCUACGAAGAACAGGUCUUAAUCACAGAGCAUGGUGACCUUGGAAAUGGCCGGGUCCUGGACCCCAAGAACAAGAUCUCCUUCAAGUUCGACCACCUGAGGAAGGAGGCCAGCGACCCGCGGCCUCAUGACGUCGACGGCUCCCUGGAGGGCUGGAGGAGCGCCGUGGACUCAGCCGUCAGGGCCUACGUCAAGGAGCACUAUCCCAGCGGAGUCUGCACCAUUUACGGGAAAACCAUCGAUGGACAUCAAACCAUCAUCGUGUGCAUCGAGUGCCAUCAGUUUCAACCAAAAAACUUCUGGAAUGGACGCUGGAGGUCAGAAUGGAAAUUUACCAUCUCCCCCUCCACCACUCAAGUGGCAGGAAUCAUGAAAAUCCAGGUUCAUUACUAUGAGGAUGGAAAUGUUCAGCUGGUGAGCCACAAAGAGGUCCAGGAGUCCAUGUCAAUUUCUAACGAGGCUUCAACUGCAAAGGAGUUUGUUAAGAUCAUGGAGGCUGCAGAGAACGACUAUCAGACGGCCAUCAAUGAGAAUUACCAGACCAUGUCGGACACUACCUUCAAAGCCUUACGCCGCCAGCUUCCUGUGACACGCACCAAGAUCGACUGGAACAAGAUCCUGAGCUACAAGAUCGGCAAGGAGAUGCAGAACGCUUAAAAACAACGGAGAAGAUAACAGACAACUCCCACCCCCACCCACCCACCCCACCCCAAACCCACCCCACCCCCUCCCCUCCCAAACAACGUUGCAUGACUGGAUAGUUGUAUCGUCUUUGUACAAAAAUUAGAGAAACAGGGGCAAAGAAAGGUUUGGUCUCAUAGUCAGAUGUCACCUUACACAUUGGAUGUCUCCUUUUAUCGAUGUUAUUUUGUUUUUAUACAGACACAGUUAACUCCACUGUAUAUUGAAUCUAUGAUGAUAAUCGUAUUUGGGAAACUAUAACUUGAGUAAAGAUUACAAGACAUAGGAAAGGGGGCGGACACUUGUAUGCAAAAAACACCCUUAUAAAGUACAAUAUCACGUGUGCAAUAUUUAUUGUGUCAGUGAGACCAUACCUUUUAUUUGACCUGCUAAAAAACGGUUUAAAUUUGCAAUGAUGGUGAAACAAAUGAUUUCUGGGAGAAUUUUGUCUGCAAUUUACUAAAGAGCUCAGAUAUUAUGGCUGAAAAGAAUGACUCCCUUCACUUCACGGUUAAUGUCCCAUACGGUCAACGAAAAAAGAAGAAGAAAAAAAAAGAAAGGUUCUUUGUGUUCAUUGACUGGUAACUUUGGCACAAGCAGUCAACCACUGUCAGCCACUCAAUGUUCUUGUUCCUUCAUUUUGGUACUCCCCUCACCGUUUGUCCUGUAUGUGAGAUCUCAAGCUCGCAGUGCUCCUGGCUAAAUUGCCUUCUUGACUUGACAUCCUCUGAACUCUCACUCAGCGCAGGGAGUUCUGUGACCACCUAACAAGCUUAAUUAACAAAAGUCAUCAAUCGCUAAGUAAUGUGCAUAAUGUCCAAUUUACAAUAAAAACAAAAAGUAUCACUUUCUCCUUCAGUGCUUAUUUUUAUUAAAAAAAAAAAAACAGAACCUGACUGUAUUAUAUAAUAACAAGGCACAUUGUAAUAUAUACCUGUAUGAAACAUCCUGUCUGUCAGUUUGGUGAUUUAUUUCCAUGAGAGUAAUUGUAAUUCAGUCACAAUUAUGUUGGAUUAAAUGACAAAUUUUCUA